UAGUUGCAGUAUUCAGUAUAAGUAUAAGCUUAGCUCUGGCUGGUGUGUGACUGGGAAGCAGAACGAUUUGGCCUAGCCUGGAGCCUAGAAUUAGAAUAAAAGCUUCCUCAAAGUGGAAAUAUUUUAUUACAGGAAUCUGCUGAUUUCUUUUAGAAUCAUAUAAAGGACAGGAAAGGUUGGAGUUUAGUUCUGACGCUCUUGCUUCAAGUAUCUCCCCUUUGUGACAUGAAGAGUCUGAAGCGAGGAUAGAGGCUGAGGAGAACUGUGAGCUAGAGCUGAUGGCGUACGAACAAGUCUACGAGGAGGAGGAGGAGGAGGAGGAUCCGGAGGAGACGCCCUUGAUUCAGUCCGGCUCUGGCCCCAAAGCUCCCCCAGAUAGUACUUUGAUUACAAGUUCCGCAACACCAGCUUGCCGAGCAAUGUGUCCUUCGACGGCAAAGGGCACACCACGGACAUGCAGGUGGUGUUUGAGAGCUACCUCUCAAUCGUGUCCAACGGCUCCAACCUGUUGUUCAUGAUCAUUACCUUGCUGCUGGUGAGGAGCAUCUCUGUGAAAGUUCGAAUUGUGGUGUCUACUGUGCUGAUGAUUACCAUAUUUGUCAUUACAACAUCACUGGUGGAGGUCGACACAGACUCUUGGCAACAAGUGUUCUUCAUCAUUACUCUGGUCAUGGCCGCCUUCAUGAGUGGUGUCCAGUCUGUGUUGACCGGAUCAGUGCUGGGCCUGUCUGCCCUCUUCCCUGCCAUAUACUCUCAGUCGGCUAUGAUAGGACAGGCUGCUGGUGGCACCUUCUCUGCGGUGGUCAGCAUCUUGACCCAUGCCACGGGCGGUGACCCCAUCACCAGCGCUCUCAUCUACUUCCUCAUAGCCUCAGUGGUGACAGGUCUCGCGUUGGUAGCCUACCUGUCCUUAUAUGCCCAGAAAUUUUCCAGAUUCUACAUGAUUGACCAAGUAUAUAUAGCUAGCAAAAUCAACGAAGAUAUACCAUCUUACCAUGACAUUGUUGGGAGGAAAGAAUAUCUUGGUGCAAUUCUUAAAAAGACGUGGAUGUACUGUGUCAGUAUUUGCCUCGUGUUUAUGGUGACACUGUCUGUGUUUCCUGCCGUGUGUUCUCUUAUAAAGUCAUACAGUCAUGAGGGCAAUGCAUGGACAGACACCUAUUUCACUCCUGUGGUGUGUUUUUUACUCUUCAAUGUUGGAGAUUUCCUAGGCAGACUGGUUACCUUUGUCUUCAAGUUUCCAGGGCCCCAUCGCCCACAACUCAUGCUCUUCAUGUGCAUCCUGCGCAUCGGCUUCAUCCCCCUGCUCAUGUUCUGCAACGCUCAGCCCCGCUACCACAUGCCCGUGGUGUUUGACAACGACGCCUACCCCGUGGUCUUGAUAUUAUUCAUGGGACUGACCAACGGCUAUCUCAGCACCCUGUGCAUGUCUUUUGGCCCAAUAGAUGUUCCAGACGAGCACGCCGAGGGUACUGGUAUGAUGCUGGCUCUAGCCAUGACCAUGGGACUAGCAGCAGGCUCUGGCCUCUCGUUCUUGUGCGUGUAUUUACUGUAGAGAACAGCUGUCUGCUAUGAAGGUACUUCCCAUCGGGACAGUGCCAAAAGAACAGCAAUUGUCUUUCAAAAUAUUUCUUACAGGACAUUUCCACUGGAGCAAUAGUUGUCUUUCAACAAGUUUCUUUCUUUCAACUUAUUUCAAGUGAACUGCUGUCAUCUUUAUGGACAUUUUUUCAAGGCUACAUUGAUCUAAGGAGGUCAUUCCAGCAGAUGGCAACUGAAUAUCUAUGAGAAUGGCAGUCAUCUUUAGGGAGGUGUCCCACCAGAGGACAGCUGAUCGGUCUUGGUGUAUCAUCUUGAAAACAAGAAUGGGUAGUCAUUUACUGUACUAAAUUACAGUAACUGAAAUUUAUUUUAUUCCUUUUACUUUUACACCAUUCUUAUGACGUAGAGCUCGGGGCCAUAAUCGUUUUGCUGGGAAUGACACCCUGAACAUGCACAAAAAGAAAACUGUUGGACGUAGCUCACUGACUGCCGUUACCGGAGUGUAUCCAGGAUGAGAUUAUGUAAUAAAAUUGCCGAACCCGGAGGCCCUCCUGUAUGGACUUAAUAAUUUUGUUCCAUAUUCAUCCCGGACUGCAACCGGGUCUGGCAGUUUACAGCAGUUAGGGAAGCCAUUUCAACGUUAUAAAUUACGCCGCAAUAUUUUUGAUGCGUUAGCGGACGGAUGUGAUGAUGAGCCUUUUCAUGGUGUUGGAUCAGACAUUGAAAUAGGUGAAUUAGAUGAAGAUAGCUAUGCUGACCCAUCAUUUUGUGUUCGGGAAGGUAAAAGAAGGCAAAGAUUACCUGAUUCUAGUGCUAGUACUAGUGUGCCAGGAUCUAGAUCUAGUCCUAGAUCUAAAUCUAGUACAAAGAAGAACUAUCAUAUCUAAGGUAAACCAUAACAAAAGUGGUGGUGUUUCUAUCUGUUGUGUUUGUUUGAUUAUUAUUUGUGUCCAAAACAAUAUAAAACACAACACAACUAGCCUAAACAAACAACUAUGAACAACGACAUGUUAAUUUCACGUUUUUAUUUUUUGUCAAAAAUUUACCAUUUUUCAAAAAAUCGUUUAAAAAACACAAACUACAGCAUAUAUUGGAAAGAUAUUUGGCAUGAGUACACUAAAGCAUGUAAAUAUGUAAAUGCACAGCACACAAAAGUUCAAAUCCUUAAGAACAAUAGUUUUUGAGUUACGGGUUUUUUUGUGUGUGUGUGAAAACGCUCUAAAAACCUCGGCAGACCACCACUGUUGAGGCUCCAUACUCCAUGGGCCUGGCAGUCAGUGAGUUAAAGUGCUGCGUUGUGAAUACACACGAUCAGCGCCCCAUGGUAAUUUUCUUGUCAGUGUAGUAGUAGUAGUAAAUACAACAUCAAUAACUAAGUGUAAACACACUUUUUAAUGGAGAUUACUUGAGAUCUCUUCUGUCCUUUGGUUCUUGCUGUGAUUUAUGUUUUAUUGGUUGUUGUUUUUUUUAGGCAAGUGUAUUGUACUUAACGGCUUUGCAGCUGAAUAGACAGUUUCCUGACACAGCAUUAUAUUGUAGUAGGCCUACUUAGAAAAAGAGCACAAGAAAACUCUAGCCCAUCAGAACUUCCAGGCUGUGGUCAGUCUGUGGUCACUGAUUCUUCAUUGACGUAAGACUGCUAAUUUGUCCUAUUACAGCCUCUGACUGGCAUCUGUGGUGUAAUGGUUAGGCACUUUGCCAUUUCAUGCAGGAGACCCGUGUUCAAUUCCCAAGUU